AGGGUGUCCUUCUGUUAUACUACUUAUUUAUCACUGAUGACGAUCUUUAACAGCAGGUUGGAGUGAUUCCUCUCAGGUGAGCAGUCCAGAACGAGACAAUGAAACCUUUAACAGUGGGGACUCGGGGCAGGGAGACUCCCGCAGCAUCACCCCUGUUGAUAUGCCUGUGACAAGCCAAGCUGCCACCAUACUACCAGUGCACGUCUACCCCCUCCCGCAGCAGAUGAGAGUUGCCUUCUCUGCCGCUAGAACAUCCAACUUGGCCCCUGGAACUCUAGACCAGCCAAUUGUGUUUGAUCUGUUGCUGAACAACCUUGGAGAAACUUUUGAUAUCCAGCUUGGUAGGUUCAACUGCCCAGUGAAUGGUACAUAUGUCUUCAUCUUCCACAUGCUGAAACUGGCUGUAAAUGUUCCCCUGUAUGUGAAUCUCAUGAAGAAUGAAGAGGUCCUAGUGUCAGCUUAUGCAAACGAUGGGGCUCCUGAUCAUGAAACGGCUAGUAAUCAUGCAGUUCUGCAGCUGUUCCAAGGAGAUCAGAUCUGGUUGCGCCUGCAUCGGGGAGCCAUCUAUGGAAGUAGCUGGAAAUACUCUACCUUUUCGGGAUACCUCCUUUAUCAGGACUAAAAUCCAGUGCUAUGUUUACAAAAGAGCUGCUCCAAACACCUUGGUGGAGGGGGGUGGGACUAGCUUUGCACUUACUACUGACUUUGUAGAAGAUAUGUGGUUCCAUUAUUGGGGGAAAUGAUGGUCCUGUUGUGCAAGGUGAAAUCAUGGAGUUGGGGUACUGAAUCAGCACUAAUUUGGCACUUUAUCAGUUGUGAUGUAGCCUUGCUAGUAAAGCUGUGAAUGUAUAUUGUUUGCACUUACCCUAAACUGUAUUAAUGUCCAGCUUACUACACUAUUGAUUGCCUCAAGUAUGGGCUAUUCACAAUGCCUUGUUGUGCCUCAAUAAAAAAGUUAAUAUGCAUUUUAG